UUUCCUGCAUAGUCAUCAAUGUCUGAAGAAGUCACUUAUGCAGAUCUAAAAUUCCAGGACUCUGGUAAGAAAGAAAAUACCCAGGAGUUUGGCAACUUUGGGAUAAAAGUACCUCCUGCUCCUCCCCACGCGUGGCGUCAAAGAGCCUUGGUUCUAACUCUUCUCUGUGUUCUGCUGCUGAUUGGACUGGGAGUCUUAGGAAGCAUACUCAUGGAAAAAUUGAAUAAACUACAAAAUUUCAACGAAGAACUUCAGAGAAAUGUUUCUCUACAACUAAUACAUGACAUGAACAGUGCCAAGAAGAUCGGGAACCUCUCGAUCACACUGCAAGAAAUAGCCACCAAAUUGUGUCAUCAGCUAUCUAUAAAAAAACCAGAGCACAAAUGUAAACCUUGUCCAAAGAACUGGAUAUGGCAUGAGGACAGCUGCUACAUAGAAAUUAAACUUCUGAAAACUUGGCAAAAGAGUGACGUGAUAUGUUCUUCUGCCCAAAAUGCCAGCUUGUUGAAGAUUAAAACAAAAGAAUUUAUAAAAUCUAGGAAAAUAUAUGGAUCUUGGCUGGGAUUAUCUCCCAGAAAAACUCACACAGUCAGCAGGAAACUGGAUGAUUCAAUUAUCUCCUCUGACUGGUUUACAAGAAAUACAAAUGACUUAAAUGAUAGCAUGUAUUGUGGAUACUUAUAUAAUAACCAUGUUCAUUAUGCUGGCUGCACUGAGACAAAAAGUAUUAUAUGUGAGAAAUUGGCUGAUCCAAUGAAGAUUGAGGAUAUACUAACAAGUGAAGAACCAGCUGGAAGAAUGUAGUUAGUGCAAUUAUUUUGCCUCAGCUAUUAUCCUGCAAUAACAGACAACAUUAGGGAGAAUACAUUUUGUAAACCACACGAUGGCGUAAAGAUGCAGUGAAACCAAAUUUCUGUCUCUCUCCUAACAAUUUACAUUUUCAAACCCUUCUUUCUCCUCAUUUGCUGAGUGCCUAGAACCUAAAGUCAUACCUAAAGUUGUACCUUAUCAUCAAGAUAUAAGCCAGAUACUGUUGAAUAUAAAUACAGUACUCUGGGUGAAAAUACAGAAAAUUGAAGCUUAUUUUCCCUACUAUUCCAGAAAUAACCUAUGGAAAAUCAAAGAAAAUAAAUCUUGGAAUAAAUAUACAGAAAGGAUAUUACGUCAUGACCAAUUGGGGCAAUA